AAAGUCCAGAGCUCUGAAAACCCUAGAAGGUCCCAUCUCAAGAGAACUCUCAAAACUCUUGGUACAAAAGGCAGAGAGAGAGAGAGAGAGAGAGAGAGAGAGAGAGAGAGAGUGAUGGGUAAGAAGGGCGUUCCGGAGUGGCUGAACAGCUCUCUCUGGUCUUCUUCCAAUCCAUCUUCUCUUCACAACGACCGAUAUCAUAUAAAACCCGAAACCGUAGCUCCAGAUCCUCUUCCUCCUCCUCCCCCUCCCCCUCCUCCACCUCGUCCCCAAACCCUACCAAAAGAAGAAAAACGGCCGUCGAGAGCUGGAACCCUAGAAUCGGAUGAUCCGCCUGCCUACGACAACGAUCCGAGCUCUUUGAGCGCGUCCUCACCAGAUGAAAUCUCUCGCCAGGCUCAGUUGUUAGCAGAGUUGUCAAAGAAGGUUAUAAAUGCGAAGGAAUUGAGGAGAUUGGCGUCGCAAGGGAUACCUGAUGGUGCUGGAAUCCGUUCAACUGUAUGGAAGAUUCUCUUGGGUUAUUUACCAAAUGACCGUGGAUUAUGGGCCGCUGAAUUGGCAAAGAAGCGAUCUCAAUACACCCUUUUCAAAGAGGAACUUCUGGUGAAUCCGUCAGAAAUAGCAAGGAGGUUGGACAAAUCCACUGGCAUUGGAAAUGACGAAUCAAAUUGUGAAGGAAGUGGCUUGCUUCCAAGAUCAGAAAUAACUCACGGGGAGCACCCAUUAAGCCUUGGAAAGACCAGCGUUUGGAAUCAGUUCUUCCAGGACACGGAGAUCAUAGAACAGAUAGACCGGGAUGUGAAGCGCACUCAUCCAGACAUGAAUUUCUUCUCUGGAGACUCAUCCUUUGCCAAGUCUAAUCAGGAAGCAUUAAGGCACAUACUGAUUGUGUUUGCAAAGCUAAAUCCUGGUAUAAGAUACGUACAAGGAAUGAAUGAAGUUUUGGCUCCACUGUUCUAUGUCUUCCGGAAUGAUCCAGAUGAGGAAAAUGCUGCCAAUGCAGAAGCAGACACAUUUUUUUGCUUUGUUGAGUUGUUAAGUGGAUUCCGGGAUCAUUUUUGCCAGCAACUUGACAAUAGCGUCGUGGGCAUCCGUUCCACAAUAACCAAGUUAUCGCAGCUUUUGAAAGAACAUGAUGAAGAGCUCUGGCGGCAUUUGGAGGUCACAACCAAAGUCAAUCCGCAGUUCUAUGCAUUUAGGUGGAUAACUCUCCUGCUUACUCAGGAAUUCAACUUUGCUGAUAGCCUCCACAUCUGGGACACGCUUUUGAGUGACCCGGAAGGUCCUCAGGAAACAUUGCUUCGAGUAUGCUGUGCAAUGCUGAUACUCAUACGGAGACGUCUACUGGCAGGCGACUUCACGUCUAACCUCAAGCUGCUGCAGAAUUACCCAUCGUCGACGAAUAUCAGUCACCUCCUGUAUGUUGCAGACAAGCUGCGGGUCCCGGCAUCAUCUUGAUAGCGUCUAUCUUUUGUUUUGUUUUUCAUUUAUACAUUCAUGUAUAUGUAAAUCCACCUUGCUGUAAAUUUCUGUUCAGAUUAACCGCUAACAUCCCGAGAGACUGGCGGACUAAUCUUUUUUGUUUUCCCAUAAUUUUUAUUUCCUUUUUUUUUUUAAUUUUU